AAUUGAAGAUGGAAUAGAAAUUAUUCAAAUAAAGAAGUUUCAAGUGAAGAAUUUUUAAGUGUUAAAUAUAAAAAAAUAUAUUAAUAAAUAAGUAUAUUACGUGUAUGAGAUCAUCUAAUUGCUUAUACCUAUCAUUAUGUAUACUAUCUGCCCACAUUUCAUCAUCAAAGAAUUUUGGACAGACAUCUCUGCUUGGGAGUGUUUUAAUGUUUAAAAUUUAUAGUGGAGUUUAUUGCAAUUACAAAGUGAUUAUUUUAAAUAAUUUUUAACUAACAUUUAAACAUUUGUUUUUAUAUGAAUAUAUAAAAAAGAAUUUACUUGUUGCUUAAUUUAAUUUUAUAAUCAAACGUCAUUAUACGAAAGAAAUAAACACUGAGAAUGAGAAUAAAUUUAGUAAAUCACUAUAGAGCAGAGUACGUGUGUGUUUGUUUGUGUGUUGGUUUAAUAACUCGUUACUAAAGAGGAGAGAGUUAGCAAAACAAACAUUUGAAAGAAUAUUUUCAUAAUGACAAUUAAUGGUGUUGCCCUAUUGUCCACUGUGAACUACAGUGCUGCCAUGUGUGUGAUUUGUUUUGCUGUCAACAUGGCCAAUAUCACCCGUCUGACAUUGAGUCACAAUAAAAUCAGCGUCAUUAAUCCCGGUAUUGCAAAUUUACUCAAUUUGGAAAUCUUAAAUCUCUCCAAUAAUCAAUUGCGUGAACUGCCCGUUUCCAUCUCAUCCAUGCCCAAAUUACGUAUACUCAAUGUAUCCAUUAAUCGUUUAGAUAGUCUUCCACGUGGCUUUGGUGCUUUUCCCGUUCUAGAAGUACUCGAUUUAUCGUAUAAUAAUCUAAAUGAAAAAGUUUUACCCGGUAAUUUCUUUAUGAUGGAAACCUUAAGAGCCUUAUAUUUAGGUGAUAAUGAUUUCGAAUAUAUACCCAAAGGUUUGGGUAAUUUGAAAAAUUUACAAAUUUUGGGUUUACGUGAUAAUGAUUUGUUGGAAUUACCAAGGGAAAUUGGUGAAUUGGCACGUUUAAGGGAGUUACAUAUUCAACAUAAUCGCUUGCAGGUUUUACCUCCUGAAGUGGCACAAUUGGAUUUAUUGGGCAGUAAAUCGGUAAUGAAAAUGGAAGAAAAUCCUUGGGUCCAACCGAUUGCCGAACAAUAUUUAUUGGGUAUUAGCCAUGUCAUUGAGUAUAUUAAAACGGAUACUUAUAAAAUUAUUUACAAUCGCCAUAUGCAAAAUGGUCGUGGUGGACCACCACCACCCAAAGCCGAUAAGAGCAAGAAGGCUUCUCGUGUUCGCGCUUAGAUGUUU